AUGGAUUCGCCAUGGGAAGCCUGGGACGACGAGUGGGAACUGCCACCGCGGAGUCCAAAGUACAGUCCACACAGCCCUUCAUACUCUCCAACCAGUCCCAAAUACGGCCCGUCCAGUCCAGGAUACAUCCCGACUAGCCCCAAAUACGGUCCAACGAGUCCUGAUUUCAGCCCUUCAUCUUCUGCCACGUCGAACAUACCGGAGAUGAAUCUGAACAAUCCAUUUUCACUUGCGAACGCUCUUCAAACAGCGAGAUCAAGAGACGGGGCGCUUGCUCAGACAUCUGAAUCGCGCGGUUCAGUUCACGACUUGGUGGAUCGCACAAUUUCGAGAGAUGAUACCUCACAGAUGGAGGACCAGUGCUGGUAUAUCUUGGGCCAGACUCUACAAAGCUCGCGAGUUUUUGAGAGAGCUAGAUCCCAUCGCAAAGGAUCCGUCUUUAGGGUUAGCGCUCCAUUUGAAAACCCCUCACUCCGCUUCGAACGGCAUGAAGUGUCACCGAUUGCAGGAAAGAAGCCCAGGCGGACGAUGAUCGACAUACCCGAUAUACAUGACAGCCCCGACAUCCCUCAGGUGAAACGGGCCGAUACCAUGCCGUAUAGCCAUGAUAGGCAGCAUGCAGAUGAUGUGCCCUAUUAUCCGUAUCCACUGCGCCCUGAAUUCCGCGACCCAGGUGAUACUCGUCCAGGCUUUGCUCGUGGGGAAGACCGAAGUUCGGUGCUAGUAUCACCCCAGGGUCAGCGACUGCAGCGCUCUGGGAUCACCAGCUAUGGCUACGAAAGCCCUCGACUAAGCGUACCUCUUGACCGUCGCAGCGUCAGAGCCUAG